CUAUUGGAUGGAAGGUUAUAAUCAACAAACCAACCCAUGUUUGUUUUGAAUGUGUUUUGUUAAAGUAAUAAUUUAUUAAAAAAAUCUUAAGUUAGUCUAAAGUGAUAGCAAAGCAAUGGAUGAAAUGGAGGAUCCAGUUCAUAUGCAAGCCCAAACAAUAAUAAUUAUCCAUCCUGGAUCGAUGUAUUUGAAAAUCGGUAGGGCAUCAGAUCUGAAUCCUCAUAUGGAGCUACACGCUAUAGCCAGGAUGAGGUCCAAAGGUGGUGGAGUCCAUGUCGACACAUUAUUACCACAGGUGAUAACAAAUCUUGAUCCGAAUGUCGAACUAGAGGUUGACUAUUGCCGGCUGCAAGUUUCACACGCCCUACAAAGCUGUGUAAUGUCUGACGGUCAAAAGAGGUACGCUACUCCUCCGCAGCAGAUAUCGCAGUACAACAAGAGGUCAGUGCCGGAGACUGUGAACAUUACUGGCCCCCAACCGUACAAAUCAAAUAACAAUGUUGCCAUAGGAAAUGAAGUUCUGUGUUUAGAUCCUGAAUCUGAAUUAGAUUACAACAUCCAUUUUCCGAUGAAACGAGGCGAUCUCAACGUCCAUAGUGGCAUAGGUGGUUCGCUCACCGGAGUUUUAACCGAUCUUGAAACAAUUUGGUCUCACAUUAUCGUAACAAAUCUUAACAUUCCUUUAAACACUUUAAAACACUACAGGGCAGUGUUAAUAAUACCUGAUGUUUACAAUAGGCAGUAUCUCAAAGAAUUAACCAAUUUGAUUUUAGAUAUGGGAUUUUCAUCAUGCUUUCUACUACAAGAUCAUGUAGCAGCAACAUUUGGAGCUGGUGUUGGCUCGGCCUGUGUGAUCGACUGUGGGCAUGCUAAAACAUCAAUCUCCUGUGUAGAAGAUGGUACUAGUCAUCCUGUGACAAGGAUAAGAUUGCCAUAUGGUGGAGGAGAUAUUUCGCAGUGUUUACAUUGGCUUUUGAAUAGAUGUGGUUUUCCUUAUAAAGAAUGUGACUUAACAAAUAAUUAUGAUGCUCUACUAAUUGAAAAGAUUAAACAAGAAAGCUGCCAUGUCAACCUCGAUGUCUGUGGUUGUAAAGAAAAAACAUUUACGGUACGGAAGCCUAAAAAACCCAUUUUAAAAUACACAAUUCAGUUGGGAGAUGAGUGUAUGAUUGCCCCUUUGGGCCUUUUCCAGCCAGAAAUUUUCUCCUUUACAGCAAACAAACCGAUUGUAACUCAGAAAAGGACAGCUGGAGAUUCUUCCGAUCCUCACGAUGCAGAAUAUUUGAGAGAAACGAGUAGAAAGGGGACAAAAGAUGUUCAGGAUCCUUCUACAGAUGCUUUGGAUGAUGGAGACAUCCUUGAUAUGGAUGUCAGCACCGAUUAUGAAUUCAGCUAUGGGCAACUACAAUUUUUACCGCUAGAUCAAGCCAUUAUUCAAAGCAUACAAAGAUGCCCAACAGACGACAUGAAAAGGAGAAUGUUCGGAAACAUAGUCGUCGUCGGCGGUGGAAUGAAAUUUAAAGGUAUUGCAAACUGGCUCAAGACAAAACUCGAAUAUCAAAUUCCUAUUAACUUAAAACCAGAAACAGUAGAAAUUAUAUCUUCGCCUAAAGAAAUGGAUCCUGUCAUGACUGUGUGGAAAGGGGCAGCUAUUCUUUCGUGUCUGGAAUCUGCCCAGGAACUUUGGAUAACGAAAGAAGAAUUCAUGAAAUUCGGUGUCAAGAUACUAAGAGAGAGAUCUCCUUUCAUUUGGUAAGGAGAUAUGUAUUUAUCAAAUAAUUUGUGCUAUUGAUUUAUAAACUCAUGUACAUUAAUACAUAUAAUUUUUAAAAUUUCA